GUUUACGAUUUCGGCCAUCAGUUUAUUGAUUGACAAAUCAAAUGGUUGGUCAUUUCACAACUGUCAUUUGUGUGUGUGUGUGUGUGUGGAUAUGCUUCUGGUAACACGUAGCUGGCCAGUAACAAUUUUUUGGGUAUAAAAAUACUCCAAACAAAUAAAAAAAUCGGUUCAAGUUUCAAAACAAAUGUAUCAAAUACAUCAAGCAACUUAUAUUUUAUAAAAAAAUGGUUCAACAGAAGAAAAAAUGAAAAUAUUUUUUUUGUCGUUGGAUGCAGUUGGUCAUAUCUAUGCCUGUGUAGGACUGGCACAAGCAUUGUCCAAACGAAAACAUUCGAUCCAUUUCCUAACAAAUUCAUUGUUUGCCGGAAAAAUUAAACAAUUUGGUUUCAAUCAAAUCAUAUUGAUUGACGAUGAUAAUCAUCAAAAGAUAAUUGCCGACAAAGAGAAUGAAAAAAAAGAUGAGGCACAUCCACUUGAAGCUAAUGCGGCCAAUUUAGAGCGAUUAAAAAAAACUGGCUGGCUCAACGGUAAAUCAUCUUACGAUAAGAUCCUUCCAUUCAAUCAUGAUUCAUCGUAUGAUUUUUUACGAGCGAGAUAUGAGGAACAAAGAUCAGUUCAUCUACAAAUUGAAGCUUCAAUCAAACAAGAACAACCAGAUUUAAUCAUAAUCGAUCGAUUUCUUGUUCCACCUUGUAUUGCUUACGGCACGAUUCCAUGGGCAUCAUUGUUCAGUGAAAAUCCAUUACAUCUAUAUGAUUCACCUGAUGUUCCGCCACAAUCUUCAGGCUAUUCAUCGAAUGAUCGUACUGGAUGGGAAGAAUUUCGUGAAAAACAUCGAAAAGGAUUUCCAGCUGGAAUAAGAUAUUAUCAAAAUAAAUUCAACCGAGAAUUUGGAUACCCUGAAGCAAGUAAAGACGAAAUUUUUCGUAUAUCACCAUACAUGAAUAUCUAUGGCUAUCCAGAGGAAUUGGAUUAUAAGGAUAUUGCUCAAUUACCAGAUCAUUACAUUAGAUUGGAUACAUUUUAUCGUGAAACAUACGAAUCAUUCGAAUUACCAAAAGAAUUUGAAUUAAAACUUUUGCCAGCUGAUAAAUUAGUGUACGUUUCACUUGGAUCAAUGGCAUCAAUUGAUGUCGAUUUAAUGAAACGCAUUGUGGACGAAUUGUCAAAAUCGCCACAUAAAUUUAUUAUUUCAAUGGGGCCAGGAUACUCAAAAUAUAAAUUAGCCGAUAAUAUGUGGGGCAAAGCUUAUCUACCACAGACGAAAAUUUUGCCAAUUGUUGAUCUGGUCAUAACGCAUGGAGGUAAUAAUACAGUUACGGAAACGUUUUAUCAUGGCAAACCAAUGCUUGUUAUGCCUCUGUUUGCUGAUCAAUAUGACAAUGCUCAACGUAUCCUAGAGAAAGGAUAUGGUGAUCGUAUUAAUGGAUAUCUAUUUAAACGUGGGGAAUUAUGUAAAAUGAUUGAUCAAAUUUUAAACGAUCAGCAAAUGAUUCAAAAGUGCAAAAAAGCGGGUGAACGUAUUUGUUCAAGUGAUUCUAAGCAAAAAGCUUGUGAAAAAAUUGAACUAAUUGUUGAAAGAUUGUCCUUCAAGGGUGCAUUGAUAAAAUAGAUAAUUUACUAAUCAAUCGUUAAUAUCAAGUAAUCACAAUAUAUGGCUGGCAAUGAUUUUUAUAUGAAAUCAAUUUUCAAGACUUUAUUAUUAUUUAUCUAAUCUUAAUUUUUUACAAUCAAUCACU